AUGGUGGGAAAACUUAUCUAUUUGGCUCACACAAAACCAUAUAUAGCAUAUGCGGUAGGAGUGGUAAGCAGGUUUAUGCAUCUUCCACAAGUUCAACAUAUGACAGCAGUAAUGAGAAUCCUAAGAUACCUAAAGGGUACAAGCAGCACAAGAAUAUACUUUAACAAAAACAAUUGUCUUGAUUUGAUUGCCUACACAAAUGCAGACUGGGUUGGAGAUUGUGAUGGUAGAAAGUCCACUUCAGGGUACUUUACUUUGGUCAGUGGAAAUCUGGUAACCGGGAGGCGUAAGAAACAAAAGGUCGUGGCCCUAUCAAGUGCAGAAGUUGAGUUUAGAGGGAUCGCUAAAGGGAUAACCGAAAUCUUAUGGAACCAAAAACUCAUGAACGAGAACUAUAUUGUGAUAAUAAGGCAGCCAUCAGCAUCUCAGAGAACCUGGUACAACAUGACAGAACUAAGCAUGUUGUAA